CUCCCUCUCGUUCCCGAGCCUCUCUCACCCUGUAUCUCCCACUAUGCUCCCAGUCUCACUCUCUCGCCGCGUAGCUCUGCAAAAACAAGCAUACGGCUAUCCCCAGUAGCACCCCGGUACACAGACCCGACCAGAGCGUCACGUCGGGCGCCCCGCGUGCCUAGGGGUAACGUGGACCCUACGCGUCUCCCUCGUCUCACCGUCACGACCCACGUCCACGCGACACGCGGGCGUCGCGCGUGUCACGUGCUACCUGCGCGUGACCCCCGGCACGUCACGGCGUAAUUCCUCGACGAGCGACUGCACGACAUCCCCCGCGCCGGUGGAAAAUCGUCAUCCGAAGCGGAUAAUAUUCUACUCUACGAAACUCCGGCGAAUCCUUCAUCCAGCUCUUCGUCGAGCGGUCAAGAGUCCAGGAUUACGCGCGUAGAACGCCGUCCCUCGCCGGCGUAUUACUUGUGACCUGUCCCACAGUGUUAUCAGAUAUCGGACACGCUUUCGUGUCGCUCGCCGACAAAUAUCGAGGCGAUGCCGAGAUAGUCGAGAGUCUCGGUGAUCCGCUCGCGAGUUGUCGAGGUGGUGGGUGAGAUGAACGUGCCGGGAUCGGAUGCCGGGGUGAAUCGGUAGCGCGAUGCUCCCUCAGACGCGAUCGCGCAACCACGGAUCUCGCUCUCGGGGACCCUUCCUCGGGAUACAGGGGUACGAGCGACCGACGGGGACCAGUCGUCGGAAAGUUUGACGCGCGAACUGAAGCUCGGCCCGUACUCGUCGUCGUCGUCGUCGUCGACGGCGACGAUCGUCCUGGGCUAGCGAGAUUUCACCGAAACGUUUCGUGAUCGAGACCGGCGUGCUUCGUCACCCUCUCUCCUUCUCCCUCUCCCCUCGCCCCUUCGCAGCCGCCGCGAAACUUUGCCGGACUUUUCCGCGAUCGCGGGAGUUUCGCAGGGAACUGCAGAAAUCAUUAGAGCGUUAUCAUCGCCGAACUUGCCCCGGCUGUCGAUAAUUCAUAGGAAUCGUCCGGUCGUGUAGCUUCACGUCUCGUGUUCAGUCGCGCCUUUAAUAACCGCGUAAUGAUUGAUCGUUCCCAGCUUCCGAGCGGGGUCUCGCACGUAACGUACACGAGCGGUUAGCGGCCAGAAAUGAACAUUCCUUCGAUUAUCGCUCUCUUAUCCGGUCGUUGAACGUGUUGCUGGACAGAUUGGCCUUAUCCUGAGGAGUGUCGUCCCGGCGCGAUCGAAAUUCUCGUCGGUCGCAAGAGUCGUAGGUGCCGCGAAUUGACCCCGGAAGAGUUCGUAAACUCGCGCUUUUCACGCGGUCCAACAGUGCGCGCCCCGUGUGACUCUCGACUCCGUACGAGCCGGCGUAGGCAUGCGGUGCAGGGUGGCCCUCAUCUGUUGACGCGUCCGCGAGGGCGAGUCCGGAGCGUGUUCCGGACAAUACAGAUUAUUCCGGGCACGAGGACCGGAUGCUGCGAACGGCCGGCAGGACGUGGAUUUACACGUUACGCUCAGCUGGAGGGAGAUUCUGACUGUUCUCGCUGAUUUUUUAAUUGGACUGCGCCACAUUAGACUGCACAAUUCCUAAGACCGCAGUCCGCCUUUCAACGUCCAAAGCCGCUCGGUCUGCACGACGGAGGCCGGCCGUCGCUCAACUUUCUUCCUCGAGAUGUUCUGAGAGCAAUUUAACUUGGACUCCGGUCGAAGGGUGCCGGUCCCGGGGCCCGCCGGUAGGAGAGGAGCCAAGAGGAGUCGCCCCGCGGAAUAAAAGGUGCGGCAGGAGAGCGCGUAAUGCGGGAGUGCGGAGGCGGAGCGGCUCGCGGAACGUGGUCGCGGACGAAUUAGAAGUGGUCUCCCAGGAACCGUCGGAGUGCCGCCGCUCUCGCCGCUUCACGAGGUACACCCGGCUGUCCACCGACGACCCAGGUCGCCGUACGGUUAUGCUGGUGGCGUCGCUGCAGGUGGCCGCCAGCAAAUGCUGUCAUGCCGCUGCCAUGCCAGCCGGCGGCCCGGAGCCGGCCGCUGGCCACCACGUGGUGCCUGAUCAGGCCCGGCCGUUGCUCGCUCGCGCUGCUGCCCCCGAUCGUCCUGCUAAUCCUGCUGGUGGCCGGCUGCGGCCGCGCGGCCUUCUCGCAGGCCGCGACUCGCUACGCCUCGCGCAUCGUCGAGACCAAGAGCGGACAAAUACGCGGAAUACUUCAGGACUUGAACAGUCGGCACUUGGACCCCGUGGAGGUGUUCCGCGGGAUACCGUACGCCGCGCCGCCGGUCGGGGACCUGAGGUUUCGGCCCCCCAUCUCGCCGAUACCCUGGGGCGGCGUCAAGCUGGCGGACACUUUCGGCGCGGUGUGCCCGCAGAAUUAUCCGGACCUCGCCAAUAGCACCGCCGCGCUCUUCCAGAUGCCGCAGGGCAGGUAUCAGCAGCUCAAGAAGAUGGUCGUCUUCCUGGCGAACCAGAGCGAGGACUGCCUCUUCCUCAAUCUGUACAUACCCGGGAGCGGAUCUCGAGGACUCGAGGCGCCGUACGCGGUGAUGGUUUACGUACACGGCGAAAGUUUCGAAUGGGGAUCGGGUAACUUGUACGAUGGAUCGGUCCUGGCGAGCGCCGGCCACGUCAUAGUGAUCACGCUCAACUAUCGUCUCGGCAUCUUAGGAUUCCUGAGGACCCGUCCGUUCGCCGACCGCACGAGCGGAUCCGGCGGGAAUCUGGCCUUGAAGGACAUCACGAUGGGGCUGCGCUGGGUGCGCGAGAAUAUCGGCGCCUUCGGCGGCGAUCCGACGCGGAUAACGCUGAUGGGCCACGACACCGGGGCGGCGCUGGUGAAUCUGCUGCUGCUCGCGCCUUACAGCAAGGGAUUAUUUCACCGCGUGGUGCUGUCCAGCGGCUCGGCGCUGAGUCCCUGGGCCUCCGUGCACGACCCGAACGACCUCCGGGCGAAGAUCGGCGAGCAGAUGGGCUGCUCGACCGAGUCCGACGAGGACAUAGCCGACUGCCUCCGAGGGGUGCCUCUGAAGACCCUCAUGGACGUGCAACUGCCGGAAAUCAGAUUCGUGCCCCGCGUCGGGCCCGGCCUGCCGGUGGACCAGAACAACCCCGACCCGGGUCUGGACAUGGAGCGCGCGAGCGACGCGUUCAUCAAGGUGCCGCUGGUCCUGGGCGUCUCCACGACCGAGUCGAAUCUCGACUUCAACAACAACGACAUACAGUUCGGCUUCGAGGAGGAUCACCGGAAUCGCAUCCUGCGCACCUUCAUCCGCAACGCCUACGUCUACCAUCUCAACGAGAUCUUCUCGGCGGUGAGAAACGAGUACACGGACUGGGAUAAGCCGGUGCUCCACCCGAUCAUAAUACGGGACUCGACCAUGGAGGCGCUGAGCGACGGCCACACGGUCGCGCCUCUCAUGAGAAUCGCCUUCUACCACGCCAGGCGGGGCGCCAAGACGUACUUUUACCACUUCAAUCAUCAGUCCAAGGACAGCGGCUACGUGCAGCGCCUGGGGAGCGUUCGUGGGGAGGACAUACCGUAUAUUUUCGGGCUGCCGUUGGUGGCAGGCGGGGCUUUCUUCCCGCGGAAUUAUUCCCGACAAGACCAGGGCGUUGCGGAGGCCGUGCUCACCUUCUUCACCAAUUUCGCCAAGACCGGCAACCCGAACGAGCCGCACAAGAUCGAGUCGGUCGACUACGGCACGCCGAAGGAGAAGACGCGAUUCCGCGGUCUCACUUGGGAACAAUAUGAGACAGGAUCUCAGCAGUAUCUCACGAUAGCGUUGAAGCCGAAGAUGAAGAGCCAUUAUCGCGGCCACAAAAUGGCCGUGUGGCUUAACUUGAUACCGCAGCUCCAUCGUCCCGGCGACGACGACGUUUCUAUGCGGCAUCAUCACUUCCGGGAACGAGGCGAUCAUUAUUACGCAGGGCCGGUUCGGGACGAGUGGUACACGCCGCUGCCGCUGACGGGCACGACUCGGACGAGCUCGUCCUCGACCACCGCCUGCAGCACAUCGACGGGCGGCGAGGACGGCCUCGUCGAGGACAUCACGCCGAUCCUCGACGAUUCCGAGGACGACGCCGAGCUGCUGCAGAGACUGGCGUCCCGUCACUACUACAGCACGACCACCGCCCUGGGGAUCACCGUGGGCGUCGGCUGCAUCCUCCUGGUUCUGAAUAUGCUCAUCUUCGCCGGCAUCUAUUAUCAGCGGGACCGCGACAAGAAGCGCGCCGCGAUGGAUUGCAGGCCGAACGGGCAGGAGUCCCUGCCGAUGACCACCCGGACGUCUAUGAAGCCUUCCGAGAAUCCGCGGCCCGUUCAGGAGCCACCCCCCUCGUACACUACCCUCGCGAGAAGCCCCUCCAUCCAGGAGCAGCAGCAGCAGCUCCAGCUCGCCCAGUGCCAGGACGGCCAGGACUGCCAGGACGGCGAGCAGCUGAGUAGGAAAGAUCCGAGAUCCGGUCACGGGGCCAGCGGCAACGCCGUCCCUCCGAAACCGCCCGCCAGGACCACCAGCUCGCUCACCGCCGCCGCCGCCGGCAGCACCAACACCAUCAAGAAACGCGUGCAGAUACAAGAGAUAUCCGUAUAGCAUUAGGGGUUGCCCCCAGAGGGCAACGCGCGGACGAAGAGGGUGACCUUCGUGGACGCGGAGAGGGCCACCACGGAGUCCAGAUUUUGAACGGUGCUCCCCUUCAUCGCUCGUCGGACAGUGGCCGGAUUUGAGCGUAGACUCGAAUUCGGCGGACGAAGAGGGCUCGCAGUGUGCAUUGCGUGCGUGCGUGUGCGUGUGUGAAUUGUAGCGCGUCGGAUAAGCCACGUACGGCCGAAGGGAGGAUGGCGUGUUCGACCGCAGUCGGACGUUACUACUAAGAACGGGCCGAUUAUCGCCGACCGUUACUAACUGACUAUAACGCGCUACUGAACUGUUAUUACCAGCUGGAUUGCGCCCGGCUGCUACUACUUAGGGAACUGUGCGACCGGUUCUUCCCACCGGUAGAAAUAUAAGAUUGCAUUGCACGUGGUCGUUACUUCUAAUAGAGACGUGGAUUGUACGUAGUUGCCACUUGUAAAAGAGACGGGAUGUAUCUCUCGAUGGAUUUUAAGGAACGUGAUCGCCGAGGCCCGGUUUCACCAAACGUUGCUUAACUUUGAUCUUAGUUUAAUUCAUGUUUGUUUCUAAACUAUU